AUGGGCCGAAAGAAUGGGGUUGGAAUUGAUUUAGGGGGGCUGUGGGUUGGGCCGUUUGCACAAUGGGCCCAAUCGAAUGGGAACGAUGUAACUUCCGGCGCCGGAGCAUAUGAUCCAAAGUUGAUCGGAGAAUCGAAGUUCCCGGUUUUUGGGCCUCUGCUUUCUGACCUCGGGCCAGAGGAGAUCGCCAACCGAUCUUGGAUAUGUGAGGUGACCGGGAUUUGUGAGGUGUCGUCGCUGGGUUUAGAUUUCAGGGCAUUGCCGAUAACCCAUCCCCAAAACCUCCGACAAACCCCUAAGAUAGCAGAAAGAGAUCAACCUCGAACUCGGAACAAGUUAUGCUUAUGUUUGAAGGAGCUUCUUCUCUUGCAAUCUGCUCUUUAUUCGUGAAGGCGACAGUUUAAAUGCGUCGAACCGUGACCUUGAGCCGUAGAGCACUCAGAAACAAAGCAACGAGUUUAUUGCACAUCACGAACGAUUUACUCCACCCUCAAUUGAAUCACAGUGCGAAACCUAUAAAUAAAUAUGGGGCUUUUUCAUUCAGAGCAUUUUCGUACAGCCGUUACACUUUCACGAGGCAGCCACCUGACCCGAAUGACCCAGCCACCUUAAUGAAGGAAGACGGCGUGUCCAUUUGUUCCCAAAUGUGGAUCGAAAAUUUCCGGGAGCCCAAUAAGACUGUAUCUAAUUUGUCUGGUUAUUUGAGAAGAUUCGAGCUGUGGGUUUUGGCAUACCAGAAGGUAUGUGCUGAUGAGACAGGCGCUUACAUGCCCCGUAGCUCGAUCACACGUCCAGCACUCGAAGACUUGUUGGCAUUAAGGAACGCUGUUCUCGACAGCCGCUUCAAAUGGGGAUCUCGCUUGGAGUUUUUCAUUCGGUCACCAAAGGACAAGACGGAUUACGAGUCUUUAUCCAAGAGAAAAAUCAGGGCAAUCUUGACGACUACUCAGCCGACCCCUUUCCAGGACAGGAUUGUCCAGGAGGUUUUGUUUAUGAUACUUGAGCCCAUUUACGAGGCUCGUUUUUCGCAAAAGUCGUUUGCUUUUAGGCCUGGAAGGAAUGCACACACUGUGUUGAGGGUGAUAAGAAGGAACUUUGCUGGCUAUUUGUGGUACGUUAAGGGCGAUUUGAGUACUGUUCUGGAUGGGAUGAAGGUUGGGAUGGUAAUUAGCGCUUUAAUGCGGGAUGUUAGGGAUAAGAAAGUUGUAGAUCUAAUAAAAGCCGCGUUAACCACUCCUGUUAUAACAACUAAGCCGGGAGAUGGGGAAAAGAAGAAGAAAACGAAAAGGAAGUAUCAGAAAAAGAGAGUUUUAGCAGAAGACGAGCCCAAACCCGACCCAUAUUGGUUAGAAACGUUUUUCGGGUUCGCCCCUGAAGAGGCUGUGGUUCAUCCUUCGUGGGGCCAUUGUGGGAUACUCAGCCCUCUUUUAGCCAACGUUUGCCUUGACGAGCUUGACAAGUGGAUUGAGGUUAAAAUUAAAGAAUUCUACAAGCCUUCAACGAGUGAUGUCAUAUGGAACAGCCCAGAAGGUGAGGCCGAACAAGGGAACACUUCUUGGCCCGAAUUCGUCCCGACUAGCGGCCCGGACAAGACACGGAAGAUCGACUACAUACGAUUUGGCGGCCAUAUCUUGAUUGGGGUUCGUGGGCCGAGAGCUGACGCUGCUACUCUGAGAAAACAGUUGAUUGAAUUUUGUGACGAGAAGUAUAUGUUGAAGCUCGACAAUGAAAACCUCCCAAUCGAGCACAUAACCAAAGGCAUUAUGUUUUUGGACCACGUGCUUUGCAGGCGGGUCGUGUACCCGACCUUGAGAUACACAGCGACUGGCGGGAAAAUUAUCAGCGAAAAAGGUGUUGGAACACUUUUAUCUGUAACUGCGAGUUUAAAGCAGUGUAUUAAGCAGUUUAGGAAGUUGAGUUUUCUCAAAGGGGACCGAGAUCCCGACCCCCAGCCCUGUUUCAGAAUGUUUCACGCGACUCAGGCACACACGAAUGCCCAGAUGAAUAAAUUCCUGUCCACAAUAGUCGAGUGGUACAGAUAUGCCGACAACAGGAAGAAAAUAGUUAAUUUCUGCUCGUACAUAAUCAGGGGCUCGCUCGCGAAGCUUUAUGCUGCGAAAUACAAGCUGAGGUCACGGGCCAAGGUUUACAAAAUCGGGGCCCGGAACUUGAGUCGUCCGCUCAAGGAAAAGAAAGGGCAGUCCCCGGAAUAUCACAAUUUGCUGAGGAUGGGUUUAGUUGAGUCGAUUGAUGGGCUUCAGUACACGCGGAUGUCUCUUGUGCCCGAAACAGAUUAUUCGCCUUUUCCCGCGGGCUGGAGGCCCGAUCACGAGAAAGCAUUGAUUGAGUAUAUAAAGCUUGAGGACUCGGCAACUCUUGAGGAGCAGCGCGAAUGCCUUAAAGAGAAAGGCUUGAUUUCGCCUCAGGAUUAUGUUUCAAUGCUCGUGUGGAACUACAAAAGGAAUGCGAUUUCAGUGCCACAGCUUUCGUCUAAUGUGAACGGUGAGGAAAGCAUAGGAAGAGAAGCUGGUUUGUUAUUGGACUCGGAUGAGGAUGAAGAAAACAGUGAAGAUAGGUUGUUGACUGGUGGAGUUAAGGAAGAAAGGGUUUGUGCAGCAGAGAUGUAAGAUAUUAUUUCUGCUGUUUUUUUUAGGGCUCGAACGAACGUUUUUGUGUUUUUUCUGUGUGCGUGUGUUGGUGAACAUAGAAACAACUGAUGAGUUUGUUUUUGAGAGCUGAGUGAGUCCUAAGAAUAGUUAUGACACUGUAUUGUUGGUAUCCCUUCAAGAUAAUGUUGUGUUACAGAUUGAAGAAUUUUUUUUUGUCGAUGCCUUGAGGUCAUGUCCAAAUGGUGCAAUGUGGUUAGUUAUUGAGUUGUGUGGAGUGGCCAACUAAGAUUAUGAGAGCAAAGUACCUGCCACAGUUGAUCCCCACUAUUGUAAUUUUAUAUUUUCCUCAUUAGAUAUGCGCUUCUCCGUUAUAAGUAAUUGUUGUGUAUUUGUGCUGCAACUUUAAUUUAUAGCAAAAGACGUACUUGACGUGGG